CCUUGCACAGCAAAGCACCACAUUGUCAAUUAACGGUGCAUCCUCUCCCAAUCAUGACUGCAUCACCAGAUGUACCUGGCUUCUCCAUCGCCGACUAUGUUAUUUUCGGGCUGUUACUUCUGGUCUCGGCGUCUAUUGGUAUAUGGCAUGCAUGUACAGGAGGAAAACAGAGAACUACGGGAGAGUUUCUGAUGGCAAAUCGUAUGAUGGGUCCAAUUCCAGUGGCUUGUUCUCUGACCGCCAGUUUUAUGUCAGCGAUCACCAUUCUUGGCACACCAGCAGAGCAUUACAUUCACGGUUGCAUGUACUCCUUGUUUGGAAUCACUUACGCCCUUGUCAUGAUCUUGUCUGCAGAGUUGUUCAUGCCAAUAUUCUACAAGUUAAAAGUGACCAGCGCUUAUGAGUAUUUGGAGUUCCGGUUUAACAGCAAGUUUGUCAGAGUGUUGGGAAGUGCCACGUUCAUUUGUCAAAUGGUUCUUUAUAUGGGUAUUGCUAUAUAUGCACCAUCAUUAGCGUUAAAUGCAGGUAUUAAGGCUGUAUUGUGGACUGAUGUUUUCCAACUUACUGUCAUGGUAGCAGGUUUCCUGGCAGUUAUAAUUCAGGGUUCCAUCAAUGUUGGUGGAUGGGGUGUGGUAAUGGAAAGAAGUCGUGCAGGAGGGAGACUGGAAUUUGCAAA